AAAAAAAAAAGCAAAGCUUUGCAGAUUUAUGGGGUGUCGCAUCCUGUCACAAGAUCCCACUAAGUUUCUAAUUCACGGCUGGAAAGCAGUCACACUGUGACAAGAUGCUGCUCAGUUUCCUUUUUGUAACUGUGGCUGUCAGUUUCAUUUCUGUAAAUGGAAAAGCGUGCCGAAUUGAAAGUGGAAAUGAAAACCUGAUUCUUUCCAUCAACAAGAAGUUGCUAAGAUCUUUGGGAAAUAAGAGCAUUGCUCCCAAUCCUAGCCUUUACAUAGGUUUGCGACUUUCAGAUGUUCAUAAUCAGAAGACUGAGCAAGAGUACCUAAUUAGACUACAGGAGGACAUGAAAGAGCCAACAGUCAGUUCAGUGUUGGGUACUGAUUCUCAGAGGAGUACUGGUCUUCUGGCCCUUCAUACUUUGGCCCUUCGUGCUUCAUGUGAACCGGCCAAUAGUGCCAACAUGAGGAAACAGUUACAGCAACUGAAGCAUAGGAUGCACCAGGAGAAGGAACACAUCAGCAAAACAAACACUCCUCAGAGCAACUACUACCAGUACAGUUUAGGAGUUCUGGCACUGUGUGUCCAAAAUGUCAAAGUUGACCCUCAUGUCAUCCGCAAACUUGUAAAUGAAGUAAAGAAAGAUUCAGAAAUUCACAGUAUUUGCAUUGAUACUUUGUCCAUGGGUGGUCUUGCACUUCAAUGUUUGAGACAUCUGGACACAUUUUAUGAUGAGCACCUAAACAAAGACAUUGCAUCUGCCACGCUCAAAGUAAAAGAAACUCUCCAGAAAGCCCAAAAUGACAAUGGCAUCAUUGGAAAUAAGUUCAGCACACUAUUGGCGGUUCAGGUCCUUCUUACCACGGAGUCUGAACAUUCUGGAUGUUCCAAAUCACUUGAAAGGCUUGUUAGAGAGUCUAAGAUAGGAACGUUCUACAAUCCUAUGGCACUGUCUAUGCUACUUCCUGUUCUCAAGCACAAGACCUACUUAGACAUUGGAACAAUGGAUUGUCUAAAUGAGACUGAUAACAUUCUACUGACUGCAAAGCCUUUGGGAGAUAUUCAAAUAACUGAAAAUGUGUUGGUGAAUCUGAAAGUUGAGGAUACUUUAAAUCACACUUAUCCCGAAGUCUUUAAAGAUACAGUGGACAUUCCUAAAAAAUCAUCUUUACUUGAUGUGUUAAAUGCACUGAAGGAAAAUGAGAAAUUAACAUUUGAAACUGAGAACAGCUUGUGGGGGCCUUAUCUAACUGUUGUCAAUAAAGUGGAGGCAUUGGCAAAAGACAAAACGUACUGGCAACUUAGGACUCUAGACACCAUGCUGCUAGAAGGUAUAGCAGACUAUAAAAUUUACCAUGAUGACACUAUAAUCAUAAGAAAGGUUCAAUGGUAAUGUGAAUUUGUACAUGCUGCUGAACAACUGCUAGAUUUCGUUAGUUUAAAUAGGGAAAAAUAGAAUGUUUUUCAUCUCUACAUUGAAAUGUUAUAGUUUUAAACAUUAACAGACAUUUUAUGUCAAUGUUGAUAUCUUUUAAAUGGGAUAAUCAAGUUUUCUAUAAAUAAACUUAACAAAAAGUAUAUAGUUCCAGAAUAAUACUUUAAUACUUUAGUAUCAUUGUAUAAUGGCAGUGCACUUUAAAUGAAUUAAAUUUUAUGUAGCAUCACCUACUUACAAAAUGCAAUAUACUAAUUUAACUAU